AUGGAUGUGGGAGCUGACUACAUACGUGUAAGAUUCAAGAGGAGAGUGUCCUAUUUGGCAACUUUACCAAACUCGAGAAGGAAAACGUGGCAAAAUAUACAGCGCGAGAUCAUCCUACUCUCCAGGGCCAAAGCGACUCUCGACGAUCUGAAUGUCAUGAUCAUGCUGUUUAAUGACCAGCGCAACAUGCUCAAGGUCAUGGACGGCAUCGGCAAGUUUAUUUUAGCCUUGGAAACAGCAGACUCGGAAAGCGAUUCGAGCAGUAGCAGCGACGCAACUGCGGAUCCAGACAAAAUCGUGGUAAUAGAAGAAGCCUACCCAGGCCAACGCGCAACGGUGAUAUGGGGAGCCCGCAACGACCCAGAUGAAUUCAGCCUGCCGUUGGCCAAGGUCAACGCCAGCAUCGACGAGAUCAAUGCCAUGCUUGAGCGUGCACGGAGGGCCAACCAGUCGAUUAAUUUCCUGAUAGACCUUAAACUGAAGCAGAACAGUGUGAUGGACGCGCAGGAGUCGCUCAAGAUGACUAGAGAAACAACAAAGCAAGGACGCACUGUCCUUAUUUUUACCCUAACUACUCUCGUCUUCCUCCCUUUGUCGUUCAUGACUUCGUUCUUCACUCUCGACAUCAGCCAAUUUCGCACAAAUGCCGAAGGCAAGCUUGUCCUAGGUUACGUCUCCUAUAUCGUCUUCCCCAUUUCUAGCCUCAUAUCGGCCGCACUCAUCUGGACCGCUUUUAGAAUCGAGUACAUCGAAGCGGCCUGGAUCUGGAUGACGCUGAUUAUGAGACAUAUAAUAGGCAAGAUAAAAAAUAGCGCGACGAAGAAACGGGAUGGACCUCGCUAUAUGCCUACCGAUUUGCCGGAAUCUAAGGUUAGACGGGAUACAGACCUGGAGGCGCAAGGUGAUAGCCUUGUGCCUACUGUUACCGGAUCAGUCCUGCAGCCGACGAAUUAA